CUGCCCCCUAGUCUCUGACCCUUGGAACAUGGACCCGGACUCCGCGCGUUCUUUCUCCGCGGUGGUGGUUUGCGCGCCUUCCUGCUAGACAUGCCGUUCCUUGAGCUGGACACGAACUUGCCCGCCGGCCGCGUGCCCGCAGGACUAGAGAAGCGGCUCUGCGCGGCCGCCGCCGCCAUCCUGGGCAAACCCGAGGACCGCGUGAACGCGACGGUGCGGCCGGGCCUGGCCAUGGCGGUGAACGGCUCGACCGAGCCCUGCGCGCAGCUGCUCGUCUCUUCCAUCGGUGUGGUGGGCACGGCCGAGGAGAACCGCGGCCACAGCGCCCGCUUCUUCGAGUUCCUCACCAAGGAACUGGGCCUGGACCAGGACCGGAUAAUUAUGCGCUUUCUCCCCCUGGAGCCCUGGCAGAUUGGCAAGAAGGGGACAGUCGUCACUUUUUUAUGAUUGGCAUGGAGAGCAUCCAGGGCAUCUGUGAGCUGGCGGCCCCUUCCAGAGAAGCCUUCUGGCAGAGUGAGGGCUUGGUGGAUACCAGCUUCUGGCACCCCCAUGUGCAGACAUGCCUGUGACCUCACAAUCCUCUUCUUCCCCAUCCUCAUUCAAAUAAAUGAAGAGAGCUUCGUCUUUCA